AACCGUGUUUUGGUCUUGGAGCGGCAAAACUCCUUCGAAACAAAACUAAUCGUGCAUUAACUGGUGGAAAAUGUAUUCCCUAAGCUCACAGAAACAAUAUUGGACUUUCAAAACGGAACAGGAGCUAGCCGAACUGCGUGUAAAACAAAAUGUUCGAUUCAUUACCAAGCAUGGUGCCAGCAUGCCGGAGGAACAAAAACAGGCACACUUUCUUUCCGCAGACGAGGAGCGAUUGUUGCUGAAGCAGUAUGAACUUCAGUUGAAGGAGUUUUGCAAACGUUUCGAGCCUCCGAUGCCGAAAUAUGUCGUGGGAACCGCUUUUCAUUACUUUAAACGCUUUUAUCUGAACAACUCGUCUAUGGACUACCAUCCAAAGGAAAUCUUGGCAACAUGCGUUUACUUGGCUUGUAAGGUGGAAGAAUUCAACGUGUCAAUUGCACAGUUUGUGGCUAACAUUAAGGGUGACCGGGUCAAGGCUAUGGAUAUAAUUCUAUCCAACGAGUUAUUGCUAAUGCAGGAGUUAAACUACUACCUCACGAUCCACAACCCGAUGAGGCCAAUAGAGGGAUUUCUCAUCGACAUAAAGACACGAUGCAAUAUGAGCAAUCCCGACCGUUUACGGCCUGGUAUUGAAGAUUUCAUUGAUAAAACGUUCCUUACCGAUGCACCACUGAUGUACGCACCGUCACAGAUCGCACUUGCCGCCGUUCUGCAUGCCGCUAGUAAAGAGCAGGAAAAUUUAGAUAGUUACGUUACGGAAUCACUGUUUGGGUCCGCCAAAGAUAAACUGCCCGUACUCAUCGAAGCCGUUCGAAGAGUUCGAUCUAUGGUGCGUACCAUCGAACUGCCGCCGAAGGAUCGUGUACGAUUUCUGGAGAAAAAGCUCGAAAAAUGUCGCAAUCAGGAGAAUAAUCCCGACAGCCAGAUCUACAAACAGCGCAUGAAAAAAAUGUACGAAGACGAAGAUGAUUUAGAUGUGAUGGGCUCCUCGUAUCAUAUGAACGUUUCGGAUGCCAAUCUGGAUGUAUCGCAGCUGAACACGACGAAUCCAGCAAACAUGACUAUUGAUUGAACGCAUCGGGUUUCGGGGGAAAAUCUUAAGCAAAAUUCAGAUGUAUAAUUAAGCUGUAUUUAAUUACUGAUUUUGAAUGUGUCUGAUUUUUUCAUCUUUUAAACAUGUUCUAUGUAAAUUUCAUUACUUUAUUCAUCUUUUCACCAGACCUGAUGCACGAUCGAAGGAAUCCUUAGUGGAAUUUUUGUACAGGAAAUUCGUCUGGUUUUGAAAUUACAUAGUUUUCGGAUAAAAUUUGAAAGGUUACAGUAAAACACACAUUUAUCCAUAUUAAAAUAACAAUCCAAUCUUUAUUAUAUUCAUUUGUGUAACGGUACGUUGUGGCGGUAAAGCUGGAGGAUGUCUCGUUGUUUUCGUCCAGCUCGAGACAUCACAUCAUCUGUCUGCGUCGGCUUAGAGGUGGCCAAAUAAGAUCUGCUAGAAGUAGAAUUAAUGCCAUUUACGAAAUGAUAAGAAUGAAGGAAACGUAAAAAAAUCCACCAACAAAUUGGCUUUCACGUUCAGCAUUGAGGCAAGAGGUUUAGAAUAAUAAUCCAUGAUCAUCCAUGGGGUGUUUUCCUGAAGAUUAUUGAGCUGAUAAAAUCGAGAAGUGUAAGGUAACUAGAAAAAAAGCUCAUUUAUCCUCAAGGAAAGAAUUGCUCUUUCUAGCGCAUUAAUCAUGGCGUACAUAUGGUAAAAGUAGAAGGAUAAAACGGUAAAGCGUAUAAGAAUGUGGAAGAAAAAGUAUCGCGCAUUUGAGCUUAGAUAUAGAAAUAGUCGAAACAGGUGCAAAGCUCAUUAGAUUAUGACUAGUGGAAAGUGGGUUUGAAAGAAAGAAUAAUCUCUUUUCUAUCUUGUCGCUUUCAAUUAGCUUAGCACUAAAAAACAUACAAGUUUACACUGACGCCAAGACUCCGUCAUUUACGAAAGUUUAUCUUUUUCCUCUAUUUGCUGAAAUAUUGAUGCUUUCAGUCGUUUGAAAUUAUUGUUGGUUCCGCGAGUCAUUAAAACACAUAAAAGUGAUAAGUGCUGUGUUAUUGUGUGCAGUGGAAAAAAUAGACCACCAAUUUGUUGCGAAUGAUGAAGUGUUCUUGUUUGCGUUAAUAUAUUCUCGAUUCAUUAUAGAGACACAGUAUUGCUGACAAA